AUGAAGUGGACACUGCCCGAACCACCCACGAUGCACAAACAACCGCAGGCAGACCGUAAACCACCUACAACUGCAAACAACCGCCGACAACCGCACCAAGACCAGCACCGCUACCCGGUGCACCUACCCACCACCACCACCCGGUGCAACCAAACCACCCAACUGCAAGGGGGCUAUGUACGAGGACCACCUCCACUAACGGAGGACAUUCACUUGGAUGACCUGUAUACACGCUAUCGUCAACGAUUGCGUAAGUCAUUAUUUCGUUCCGGCCUGUGGAUAUCGCUGGUGGCAUGUGUGGUCUCAAUUAUAAUUGGUGUGAUAUACCAACAGGAACUUUUCCACACAUUGCUGCUGGCCUCAGCCGCCUUGAUAUCGGCCAGCAUAUUGACUGCCCUACAAUUCCCUGCGGUUUUGAGUUCACCCGCUGCGGCAUUGGCUUUUGCCAUUGUGACCACAUUCUCACUGGGAACGAUAGCAGCAAUUACGGGUGAAGAAUUGGCGCCAUUACCAUUAUUUGCUGUAUUUCUGGGUAUCCACACAAUGCUGCCAAUAUCGUGGCCGGUGUCGGUGGUCUUGGCCCUAUUUAUGACAGCCAUACACGUUGUAUAUCGUCUGUGCAUAGCACCGGACUAUUCGCCUAAUUUGCCAGUGCUAUUCGGCGAAAUUGUCAUGCUGGCCAGUGCAUCCGUUUCCGGUCUCUAUUAUCGCAUCAUGUCCGAUGCAGCGCACACCCGAACUGUGGAUGGCACCCGAACGGGCAUUGAACAACGCGUCAAACUCGAAUGUGAACGUCAGCAGCAGGAACAGCUGCUGCUGAGCGUAAUACCAGCUUAUAUUGCUGCGGAGGUCAAACGCAGCAUCAUGCUGAAAAUGGCCGAUGCCUGCCAACGUGCCGGUGGUCAAAGCAACUCCUCGGCCACCCGCUUCCAUGAGCUGCAUGUCCAACGCCAUAACAACGUUUCGAUUUUGUAUGCGGAUAUUGUCAAUUUUACACCGCUGUCGGAACAGCUGACGGCCAGUGAUUUAGUGAAGACGUUGAACGAUUUGUUCGGGAGAUUUGAUCAGAUUGCACAGGAAAAUCAAUGUCUCCGCAUUAAAAUUUUGGGCGAUUGUUACUAUUGCGUCUCCGGCCUGCCCGUCUCGAUACGGCAGCAUGCCUCCAAUUGUGUCAAUAUGGGUCUACAGAUGAUUGAUGCCAUCAGACACGUUCGCGAAGCAACCGGCAUUAAUGUCGAUAUGCGUAUCGGCAUUCAUACGGGUAAUGUCUUGUGUGGCGUCCUCGGUCUGAGAAAAUGGCAAUUUGAUGUUUGGAGUGAUGAUGUGACGCUGGCGAAUCACAUGGAGAGCGGAGGUGUUGCAGGACGAGUCCACAUCACUAAAAAAACAUUGGAUUUCCUGAAUGGCGAAUUCGAAGUGGAAGAGGGUAAUGGCGGUAGUCGUGAUUCCUAUUUGGCAGAUCAUAAAAUUGAAACCUAUUUAAUUGUGCCACCAAAGAAACCCACCUAUAUUUCGCACCCGGUGCCACGUGUCAUCGAAUGCAGUAACUCCUUGGAGGCUGCAGAUAAUCCCACCGAUCAACAACAGCAGCAACAGGUUGGCAGUAAUGUCUACAGCUCAGGCGGCAGCCAUGGCAGUCGGAAUGCUGAUGCAGAGGCCUUCGAGAAGCUGCUUCCCCUGACCAUUGUCAAUUUUAAGGGGGUGGAUGGGGCCCAGUCACCAACAGGAGCGACUGCUGGUGGAGGAUUAGGAGGUGGUAGCAGCUCUCCUGAACCCAAAUUGCCACAAUUAUCCUCAACAACGACAUCGAUGUCAAUUAAGGAAGAAGAAGAUGAGGAUGCAGUCGAACUGCGGCACAAUGAAGCCAAGGAUGCCACUUCGUUGUUACCCGAAUCGGUUGCCACAGCCAAUGAACUGGCCAAUAAUAAUACUCAUGCCUCUCUAACACCCAAGUCUUCGCUGAGUCUACCCAAUGAUGAUGGCCUCAGUGCCAGUGGCAGUGAGGGUGGCGCAGUGGCCACCACCCCCACCACGAAUAUCACAGAAAAUCCUCUGGCACAUCUGGACUCAUCCGCAGCUUUGAAUGGCAAUGCGAUUGCCAACUCGGUUAAUAGCACCAAUGCUGCUGCAGCAGGAUCUGGAGGGGCAGGUACUGCAGCAACGACCACAACUGGCAAUAAUUUGUUAACUUCCGAUGUGCCGGAGGCAAAGAGCAAACGGAAGCUAUCGGUGCAAGGUCUCAUCUCUUUCGCCGAUCGCCGCCGUUCCUCAGCCUCAUUUACCGAACGCAAAAUGUCCUUCCACACAAAUGAAAGUUUUCGCAGUCAUUCAGGUCAUGUCACCCGUAAUCGCCCCUCAUCGAAGAUGACCAAAUAUGUGGAAUGCUGGGGUGCGGAUAGACCAUUUGCCAAUAUUGCCGAAUCGAAGCUGUAUAAGAAUAUUGGGUUGGCGAGCAUCACCAUGAUUGAAUCAAAUUUAUUGCCACCCGAACGUAAAUGUUUUAAUUUCAAUUGCUUUGGCCCGCCCACGGAGUUGAAACCGCUCACCAUGUGGUAUCGCAAUACGCCACGCGAGGUUAUGUAUCGCGCCCAGCCGGAUACUCAUUUUCGUUAUGAUUUAAUCUGUGCAUUUUUGCUGUUCGUUUCGAUUGCGGCGGUGCAAUUAAUUGUUAUGGAUAUCAAUCUUGCCUUGCUGGGCUCCCUGAUAGCCACCUUUAUCUCCCUGGGCCUCUUCCUUUAUCUGAGCAACAUGCACGUUCCUGAUAUUAAUUCGACGACAAGCGAUCGCAAUGGACCGGGACAGGUGGUGGCCAGUAGUCGGUUUCUGCGCAUGGCUAUUUUUAUUAUCGUGAAUAUUUUAAUAUCGGCCUGUGCGGUGUUUAGUGUGAUCAACUUCGCCUUUGAGGAUUAUAGCGUCGAAGAGGUCUCAAAUCUCAACUUCACCGGCAUCUCAAAUAUAUCGAAUGAUUCUUCAAUACCUGACAUAGAUUCAAUAUCCCCAUAUCCCGAUCUACAAAUCGCUCCAAUAUAUCUAUUCUGCUGCGCGAUUAGUUUGGCCGCAGUAUCGGCCUUCCUGAGGUCGGGUUUCAUUCUGAAAUUCUUCACAAUGUUUGUGGCGUUGGUGUGUCAAAUUGUCGUGCUGCAUUUUAGUAAUCUAUUCGAGCUCUACAAUGCGCGAUAUCGUAUGGACUAUUUCCCCAUCGAAGUAAAAAGUUUCCUAUUGCUGUUGCUGGUGGUGGCGGUUCUGCACACCCUCGAUCGCCAGGGUGAAUAUGUGGCCCGCACCGAUUUCCUGUGGAAGGCCAAGCUAAAGGUGGAACAGGAAGAAGUCGAAACAAUGAGGGGUAUCAAUAAGAUCCUCCUGGAGAACAUCCUACCCGCCCAUGUGGCCACCCAUUUUCUUAGCCAACAGAACACUUCAGAACUCUACCACGAAAGCUAUUCCUGUGUUGCCGUUAUGUUUGCCUCCAUACCGAACUAUAAGGAGUUCUACGAUGAGACCGAUGUAAAUAAACAGGGUCUGGAGUGUUUGAGAUUAUUGAACGAAAUUAUAUGCGAUUUUGAUAAGUUACUAUUAAAACCGAAAUUUAGCGGCAUCGAAAAAAUCAAAACCAUUGCUAGUACCUAUAUGUGUGCAUCGGGCCUGAGGCCCGGCAAGGAGGAGGGAGCCAAGGACGAGAAACGCACCGAGGAACACAAUGUUGUCAUUCUGGUGGAAUUUGCCAUUGCCCUGAUGUCAAUUCUGGAUUCGAUAAAUCGUGAAUCAUUUCAACGUUUCCGACUACGCAUAGGGCUCAAUCAUGGACCAGUUAUUGCCGGGGUGAUAGGAGCCCAGAAGCCCCAGUAUGACAUUUGGAGUAAUACCGUUAAUGUGGCAUCGCGCAUGGAUUCAUGCGGUGUUAUGGGCAGAUUACAGACAACGGAGCACACCGCCAAAAUUCUCAUGGCCGCCGGCUAUGAAUGCGAAUGCCGCGGCCUGACCUAUGUCAAGGGCAAGGGAAAUCUAGUCACCUAUUUUGUAAAGACACCAUUCGAUGGCAAAUUGUAAAGAAUUCU